AUGCCGUGGUUACCAGCCUCUCUCUCUCUCUCUCCGGGCAACCUGGUGGCAGCGGAGGCGGAGCGCAAACCAUCUCCGGACCCUCGCCGGCGCGCCCCCGACGGAGCGCUGGGCAUCCCAGGCGCGCCCUCUCCGCCUCUUCCUCCUUGCUCCCUUCCAGGACCGCCUGGAGCCCCUCGGGCCAUGAGCCCGGCCGCUCCGCCGCCACCGCCUCCCGGUCCUCCUGCCUCUUCCCUGGACAGGCUGAGGAUCUCCCCGAGGCGCGAAGGGCUUUGCGCAGCGCCGCCAGCUCCUGGGGAAUCAAUAGACCCUUCUUCGAUCUUGGGGGUGGCCUGUGGGGCGAAGAGGCUCUCCCUCCCUCUUCCAUCCCUUUACACGCGCACCUCGCGAGUGGAAUUGGCGCAGGGUCUCAAAAACAGCGAGGGUCUUGAGACCACCUUGGUGAUCAUUGAGACACCCGGCGAUGUGUACGAAUACGUCUCUUCCCCUCGGGACUGGUGGCACGCCCAGGGGUACUGCCAGCAGCAUUUUGCUCAGCUGCCGUCGGAGAUCUGGGCGGGCGAGCUGGCCUCUCUUGGCAAAAAUCUGCACUCCCGCCACGUCCGGAGCACCAUCUGGUUAAACGACGGGCAGGUGUAUUUGCAGAAACCGAAGCUGCGGCGGAUUCACUCAGUGCCGAUCCUGGUGUUCAGGAACAAAACGGACACAAAGUUUGUGAAGGUCCUGGUGGACUUCCCGGCCAUGCUGGCGGUCAGCGCCUGCGGCCACGUCCAGUGGGACCAAGCGGCUGUAGAAAUCUCCACCGUUUUCUCCUACGCGGUUCCGGCGUUCAUCAAUGAGUUCCAGGUGCGUGGCUUUGUGGACGAAGACGGCUUUGUCCGGUUUGCCAUCAUCCUCCGAGGGCACCACUCGCCUUAUUUGCCGGCCUUCCGCGCCGACGGGCAGUGGCACCAUUUCUGCGUCACGUGGCACCGGCUCAACGGGACGUGGGCCCUCUACGCCGAUGGAAAGCAGAAGGCCUCCUCGGGGGGACUGUCGGCCUCCCACACCGUGGACGGCCACGGGACGUUCAUCAUUGGGCAGGACCAGGACGCCCUGGGUGGGGCUUACAAGGAGAAAGAGUCCUUCAGUGGGAACAUCACGGGGCUGCAUGUCUGGCGCAGAGCGUUAAGCCACGAGCAGGUCGAGAGAGUGCGCUCCUGCCUGGCCAUUGAGGAAGGGCUUGUCUUUCGCUGGAGCACCGACAUCCUUGAAGUGGAAGCCAGCGUCCAGCAGGCCACCGUGCAACUCACAUGCCCCGGACCCAUGGAAGAAUGCCGGGUUUUUAACAUUCCCCAGGGAAGUCUGGAUUACACCUCUUGCUUGCAGGCCUUGCCGUUUGUCUGUCACUACAAAAAAGAACUUUAUUUCCAGCUGAAGGAAAUGCAGUCCAGAUCCGUCCCGCCACUCAUUGCACGGAUUAAUGCAUGGGCCAACGCAACAGUGAUUCCAGAGGAUGUUCUCCAGGCAAAUGUCCAGCCAGAGGUGAACGUUUCAGCUGCUGCCGAAGUCCUCAGGGUUGUGGAGACGGUAUUGUCAGAUGUUGACCCGCCACCUCUGGAAGCAGCUGCUCUCCUAGGUGUCUUCCAGUUGCUGAAAGAGGUCUCAGACCUGGAGGUCAAGGAUCCUGAACAGAUGGCCAGCUUGGAACAACUGGGUUCAAGUUACGUGAAAGUCGCCGGCAUCCUCCUGGAGGAACAGAACGCCGAGGAAUGGUCUGAGAUAAAGCCGAUCAUCGGUGGACCCAUGAGCAUUGUCGAAAACGUGGACAAGAUGGCUUCCAGCCUCCACCAGCUCCUGAGCGAGGAAAAGCCAAGAGUUGCUUUCCAGAAUAAAAACAUCGGAAUCGAAAUACAGCGUAUGGAACUCAGUGGGUCCACACCCAGCAGUGCUGAGUAUGUGAUGUCGAACCAGCACCGUGAUGAGAAAGACCGGAUCGAGGUUCCCUCGGAAGAAAUGCAGAGGCUAAGAGAAAGAGGUCUGAAUCAAAUCACAGUAACAAAUACCUGGUACAGCUAUGGCUCCCUCCAGCGGCUUUUGGCCAGCAGAAGUUCUGUGUUCGAGGACGCAGCAGUGUCGGAUGGAGGCAGGAGGUACUUGAGCAGCCAGGUGGGCUCCUCCAUCAUCUCCUCCUCUCUGGUCAGCGACUACGAGGAAAUCAGCACAUCCGUCCGUUAUAGUCUCCAGCACCAGGCCCAGGCUCUCCCGGAUGAGCUGGUGAUGCCCUUUUGUGCCUUCUGGAACUUCAGCAGAAGUCCCGAAGGAGGCGGAAGCUGGUCUACCGCAGGCUGCUCGGUGAUCAGCUCCCAUGCGGAAUUCACCACCUGUUCCUGUAAUCAUACUACCAACUUUGCCGUGCUCCUGCAGGUCUAUGAAGUGCAGAGAAGUGCCGAAGAGGAGUCGAUCUUGAAGACCCUGACGUUUGUGGGCUGCGGCGUGUCCUUUUGUGCUCUCAUUGUCACUUUCGUCCUGUUCUUGGCCGUCGGGGUUCCCAAGAGCGAGAGGACGACAGUUCACAAAAACCUGAUCUUUGCCUUGGCGGCCGCUGAAAUCCUCCUCAUGUUCAGUGAGUUGGCCAAAACUAAUCAGGGGGUGUGCUUUGCUGUCACAGCCUUCUUACACCUCUUCUUCAUGGCGGCUUUUGCCUGGAUGCUCGUCGAAGGCCUUCUCCUUUGGAGCAAAGUGGUGGCCGUGAACAUGAGCGAAGACCGGAGGAUGAGGUUUUACUACGUGACCGGAUGGGGACUUCCGGUCGUGAUCGUCGGCGUGACCUUGGCCACGUCAUUCAACAAAUACGUGGCAGACAACCACUGUUGGCUGAACGUACAGACGGACAUCAUCUGGGCCUUCGUCGGCCCCGUCCUCUUCGUCCUGACAGUUAAUACUUUUGUGCUUUUCCGUGUGGUGGUGGUGACAGUGUCCAGCGCACGGCGGCGGUCCCGGAUGCUGACCCCAAACAGCAGUCUGGAGAGGCAGAUUGGCCUCCAGAUUUGGGCCACCGCGAAGCCCGUCCUGGUCUUGCUGCCCGUCCUUGGUCUCACCUGGGUCUGUGGCAUCCUCGUUCAUCUCAGCGUCACCUGGGCCUACAUCUUCAUCGUGCUGAACUCCCUCCAGGGUCUCUACAUAUUUCUGGUCUACGCAAUCUACAACAGCGAGGUGCGCAACGCCAUCCAGCGGAUGAAGGAAAAGAAGAAGGCUCUCUCGUUCACCAACUGCUCCCACCCUAUCAACUAUCUCUCUAGUCCCCGAAACACUUCCUGGGAGAUGGGCAAGCUCAGUACGACCGCUCCGGAGAACGCGACCUCUCCGGCCACGGAGAAGGAGGCCACGCUGAAGGACAGCAGCCACAAAGGGAACUUCGGGGGCAAAAUGCCCAUCGGACUUUCCUCCAUGAUGUCACCGGAGCGCCCGGCCGUACAGCUGACCGCCUUCAAAUCAUCAGGUCUGUAAGGGCAGCUGUUCCACGCCAUAACUUCCAUUUCACAACCGAUCCAGAGGUACUUCCAAAAGACAAGGAGACACAAGGAACUGAGCGAUGUCCGACUCAACUCUUUUCCUUUGGCUUCCUCCAGAUCCGAGUUCGAACGGGCAAAACUGUGCUUGCUUAUGGUUUAUCCGGCAGGUAGCUUUCCCCAAACACCUUGCUCCUCACCUUUUCCCUGGUCCCCUUGAGCCCACAGUUUUUCCACAUUCCAAGACAGCGAAUCUUUCUGGUUUUGGUGUCCUGGUUAGCGUAAUCAUGGAACAGCAAGUGUGGAAGGACACAAAUCAAACUCUUCAGCCCGCUCGGCUUGCUUCCCCACAUGGGCCCGAUUCACCUAGAAGGGGGACUGCAACCCAAGAGGGAUGCGGAGAAGUUGGGUGUUCAUACAGAGGAAAGGCCUGGUGGAUUGGGUCACCUGUGAAGGAUACUUGUCUCCUCUACGACUGUUCCAAAGUGAAGGUGUAACAAAGUUCUAACUUGUUGUUGUGAUGGACUGAACUCCCUUCUCCUCUAGCUCUUGCUUCAACUGCACCUCCUGUACCCCAAAUUCUGUGAUUCUGCCUGCAGAAUCUUUUGUCUGCCUGCAGAAUCUUUAAUCUGCCUGCAGAAUCUUUAAUCUGCCUGCAGAAUCUUUUGUCUGCCUGCAGAAUCUUUAAUCUGCCUGCAGAAAUCUUUUGUCUGCCUGCAGAAUCUUUAAUCUGCCUGCAGAAUCUUUAAUCUGCCUGCAAAGCAGCCCAUCCACAAACCCUACUGCCUGCGGAUUAUGGGAUCUGUAGUCUAGCCCACACUUAGAGGGCCUCCGAUAGGGAAAGGUGGGGAUUAAAACCUAUUUUUAAUUGUCCCCUCUCUGUGGAUCUGCAGUCUUUCUUCUUGUCCAUUCGCCUUUCUGAGUGAUUUGUAAAUGCCUCUAGAAUGUUCAGAACUUUGAUGGUAAAAAAAAUCUUUAGAAAGAAAGUUAUAUUAAAAAAAAAAAAGAAUUAUUUACACAAGCAUAUUGAGCUAUCCAGCAUGCCAUUUUGGUGUAUUGACGUUUCUGGAAUUUGUCCUACUGUAUAACUGUGUGUUGAUUAUUUUAAUGGAUUGAUUUUACGGAUUAAUAUUUGGUUGGCUGCUCCAGGCUCCCAUUGGAAAUAAAGUGGGAUGGAUUAAACAUUUGA